GGUAAUGCGUGCGUGUGACGCAAUUUGGUGGUAGGGAGGGGACCCAAGCAACAGCAGUGGUAGAAAAGAGGAGGAAGCAGGGAUGGCAGAGUCACACCUCUGAAGCAUUCAAAAAGCCCAAAGGAUGAGAACCUCAAUGACCUUUCUAGUCUGAACUGGCUUCAAACCGAACUGAGGGAUAAUCGUCUACAGUUCAAACAACUAGGUGACCCAUGGCUGCCACCACCACUCCUGUCAAGUCACAGCUUCAAAGGAUUUACUCCCCUAUGGCGUUCUGAGAAACGAAACCGCUUGGAUCACAGGGAUUUAUUUGUGAAGUAAAUGUAUAGGCCUACACAGGUAUGUAUCAGCUGGUGUGUUUAUAAAGGUCGUCUCCUGCUCUUAUCCCUCUCCACGCCUACUUGUCUGUUGACUGCUUUUUUGAGGGAAAACUCCAAACAAACCAAGGAGAGUGACAGUUGGGGUGUUGCGGUCCCAUGAGAGACUCCGCAGGGGGACCGACAAUCACGUCGACGCCAUGAGUAGUACUUUAGGUAACAAAGACAAAGACUGGAAAGAGAAGGACCUGAAAGGAGGUCCGACAGGAGGGAAAGAAAGGGAAAAAGAGGCCAAAGCGGCCCUGGCUGGCUUAGGCGGCAAAGACUGCGGCAAGGAUCCCAAGGCCAAAGGGAAAGAUGCCAAAGAAGGAAAGAAGGAUGCAGGCUCCGCGUCGCCCGCCGUCGCCUUCUCCGUGGACAACACGAUAAAGAGGCCCAACCCGGCGCCGGGGACGCGCAAGAAGUCCAGUAACGCCGAGGUGAUCAAAGAGCUCAACAAGUGCCGUGAGGAGAACUCCAUGCGUCUGGACCUGUCCAAGCGUUCCAUCCACAUGUUACCCACCUCCAUCAAGGAACUCACCCAGCUGGCAGAGCUCUACCUGUACAGCAACAAGCUCCAGAGCCUCCCCUCAGAAGUGGGCUGCCUGUCUGGCCUGGUCACCUUAGCCCUGAGUGAGAACUCUCUAACCAGCCUACCAGAGUCCUUGGACUCCCUGAAGAAGUUGAGGAUGCUGGACCUGAGGCAUAACAAACUGAGGGAGAUACCGGCCGUGGUUUACCGGGUGACGUCGCUGACCACACUGUACCUGAGGUUCAACCGGAUCACGGCGGUGGAGAGGGACAUCCGGAACCUGGCGAAGUUGACCAUGCUCAGCAUCCGUGAGAACAAGAUCAAACAGCUGCCUGCUGAGAUAGGGGAGCUCUGUAACCUCAUCACCCUGGACGUAGCCCAUAACCAGCUGGAACAUCUACCCAAGGAGAUCGGCAACUGCACCCAGAUCACCAACCUGGAUCUACAGCACAACGAGCUACUGGACCUACCAGAAACUAUAGGUAACUUGUCAAGCAUAAACCGCUUGGGUCUGCGGUACAACCGGUUGUCAGCCAUCCCCAGGUCGCUAGCCAAGUGCAGAGAACUGGAAGAGCUCAACCUAGAAAACAACAACAUCUCCGUGUUACCAGAAGGUCUCCUGUCUAGUCUGGUGAAUCUGACCAGUCUAACCCUAGCGAGGAACUGUUUCCAGUCCUACCCGGUGGGAGGACCCUCCCAGUUCUCCACCAUCUACUCUCUCAACAUGGAGCACAACCGCAUCAACAAGAUACCCUUUGGAAUCUUCUCCAGGGCCAAAGUCCUCAGCAAACUCAACAUGAAGGACAACCAGUUGACGUCUCUGCCUCUGGACUUUGGCACGUGGACCAGUAUGGUGGAGCUCAACCUGGCCACCAAUCAGCUGACAAAGAUCCCAGAGGACAUCUGCGGUCUCGUUUCGCUUGAGGUCUUGAUAUUGUCCAACAAUCUUCUCAAGAAGUUGCCACAUGGUAUUGGCAACCUGAGGAAACUACGGGAGCUCGACUUGGAGGAGAACAAGUUGGAAUCGCUCCCGAAUGAAAUCGCUUACCUGAAAGAUUUACAGAAACUAGUGUUGACCAAUAAUCAGCUGACCACGUUGCCCCGUGGGAUCGGUCACCUCACCAACCUGACCCACCUGGGUCUGGGAGAGAACCUGCUGCAGCACCUGCCGGAGGAGAUCGGUACACUGGAGAACUUGGAGGAGCUGUACCUCAAUGACAACCCCAACCUGCACAGCCUCCCGUUUGAGUUGGCCCUGUGCAGCAAGCUGUCCAUCAUGAGCAUCGAGAACUGUCCUCUCAGCCAUCUGCCCCCGCAGAUCGUCGCCGGGGGCCCCUCCUUCAUUAUCCAGUUCCUCAAGAUGCAGGGGCCCUACCGUGCCAUGGUCUGAUAGACCACAAUCUUGGCCUCUGGGCCCAGAGGGAGGCCAUAGUCUGAGAGCUGAUUUGAUGGCUGAUAUACCAGGCCCACGCAAUGCCCAUGAUCUGAUAACGGACCACGCCCAUAAUUGGAUAGACCAUGCCCAUAUUCUGAAGGCCGACGCCCACCCAUUCAGACACCCCACCCAAUCACAUACCUAUCCAACUACGUGUGUCAUACACUGUAAAAAAAAUUAAAAUACAUCAUAACAAAAACAAACUAAAUGUACAAAAAGAGAGGAAAACAUUUUCGGUUCAUACAUUAUCUAUCUAUAUGCGGAAAAAAACGUAACAAGUACAUUUAUAUUGAGACUGUGCUCCAGCGUUUCUGUUGAGGAAUCAUAGCCAUGUAGAAGGCCAACUUCUCCAAUAUUUUAUUCCCGAAUCAUGUAAGACAAAACUUAAAGGGUCAUUACACAACUUAUUAUUAAUUUUUUUUUACAUUAUAUUCAUUAACUCCAGCACCAUAUGUUACAUAAUCUGUUUUCAUACAUAUGAAGACACUGGUAUAGUGCUGGAGGUAAUGAAUAGGAGAUUAAAAAGUGGUGGAAUUGCCCUUUAAUAUCUCUACCACCUUUUGCCAAAACGGAUCAUGUAUAUUGAGUACCAGUGAGCUAAAGUGGCUAUGAUUCUUUUAACAUAGAAACCAGAUUCCCAAUGCCAACAUAUUUACAGUAAUUAGGUAUGUAUAUUAGGAGAGCUUAGGAUACAACUAUUGUAUGCAAAAAUAAUAUUUGAAACUUAAAUUUUUACUGCUGCUGCCAUUAUCGAUGUUCAUUUUGUCAUGUCUUUCUUUUUGAUAUGUGUAUAUAUAUUUUUUACCACUCGACUAAAGAUUUGUUAUCGUGAGGUUUGAGGUUAAAGAACAAAGGUCUAAUGUUGAUGAUUUUAAUUUCACAUUAAUACGUAAAAAAACAGUGCCUAUAUGUCCAGGAAGGUCCACUGGUUUUUCUGACGCUCUAAACACAAUUGUCCAUUAUACAAAGGUAUCAUUUAGUAAACCAAUUUUCUUUCUAGAAUUAUGGUUUGUAAAAAUUUUUUUUUUUACAUUAGUUCUAUCAUUGUUGGAUGACAAUGAUUCUAUAAAAUAAAGCGAUAAAGUAUACAUUUGAAUCAAUGUCGUUCGGAGGUUUUAAAGAAAGAAAAAAAAAAAGCAGUAAUCUUUAAACAGUAAGCUAGUAAUAUAUAAAAUAAAUGCGAAAUCUUUAAUGCUUUAAAAAAUGGACUUAGCAAGUUUGACUCAAACCUUUCCAAAAUGGGCAGUAAUGUUGCCCUCAUGUUUAAGAUAUUAGAUUUGUUUUUGCUUUGAGAGAAAAAUAAAUAAAUAGUUAAACUGUAAAAAGACAGGUGAUUAGAUAAGUGAUCUGUAGUGAUUUUUAUAUAUUCUAGAAAUACUGAUUGUUGCCUUGAGUGCAAUUGAGUCAUUUUAAUGUUUACUUUUUCGCUAUGUCUUCAGUGUUGGGGCUGUCAUACAACGUGGAAACGAUUGACCAACAACAACAUAUCAGGAACGUUGAAGGAAAGGUGUCUAUAACUAAUGACUAACGUUGCCAUGGUUACGGUCAUUAAGGUAUGCCAAAAACAUGAAUCAAAACCCAUAAUUGUCAUUUUACAUCCAGUUUCUUUGACUGCUUUUUUGAAUACGCCUCUUCACGAGAUCUGAAAGUUUGUUACUUGGCUUCCUUUUUUUUUUUUGUCCCACACUGUCCCAGCAAUGAUGCUGUUCUUAUGCACUUUGUAAAUGACAUUGGCAUCAUCCUCUUUUAACAAUGACAAUAUCCUUAUCUCCAUGGUUACGUGGAACUGGGGCAUUUUUGUUUCACAGUGAAGAAGUAUUUUAUCUCUUUGAACAGUGUAUCGUGUACAUUUUAUAAUGGUGUCAAAUGAAUAUUAAGGAUGAGAUGACAAGCUCAAGAUUAAUCUAAACUAGUAAGUAUGUGGAGCGUCGAAUUCAGACGUUUUGGCUUUCGUCCUAUCAAUCUUGAUGGAAAAUAUUAGCUUGAACUGUGUAUGUCCAAUAAGGGUCUUAUUGAUAUGUUUAAAGAUGUAUUAAAGUACCCCAUAUCUUUCUCAUAUGUACUACAAGCAAAAUGUUUUAUGUCAAAUUAUUGCAAUUCGUUGAGAUCCACAUUGUAAAAUUUAAAUCAUUUUCUGUUACUAUAAUUUUUUUGACACUGUAUUGGGUUAGUAUUAUAUCACGUGACUGUACAUUAAAAUCCCAACUAAGGUAGAUCAAACCAAAAGCUUUUUUUGGUUUUGGAAAUGAAUGUGUUGCGUCCAAGCUUUGUACUCAAUCAUCUUUUAGUAUUUAUUUUCAAUCAAGUGUGGGUCUAGUUUUUUGGCAGCAGUUUAGGAUUACAGUUUCGAUGUGGGUUGUGGACUGCUAAGAAAAAAACGAGGCCUGGGCAGAGCACACACCCAGACAAAAUGUAUUGCUGCUUCUAAUCCUACCAGCAGAACCUAUUGCUGCUUGAAAAAUGUGCUGUAAACGAUUGAUGGGGCGGGAAAAGUGAGAUCUAUCCUAAACAAAAUCAACAUCGAUACACAAGACUCGUACAGUAGCCUGCCUGGGAAGAUUGACCUCUGUCCUUGACCUCUGAGUUUGGGGUCACAUGAGGUCUGGUGGUUUUCAAACAGAUCAAAUUGUUUGGACCGACGUACAAUGAGGAAAAACCAAGGUGCAUAUUUGAGCCUAUAACGACGCAGUUACAACACAAUACUUUUUUGAAAAGACAAAAAAAUGUAAAAAGGGCUUUCUUCUCGUUCACGCUCAAAGAAUACCACCAGAGGCAUUGCAUUCCUGGUUUUAUAUUUUAAAAAAGCUUCGGAAGAAAUGAAAAAAAAAAUAUGUAAAUUGUUUUGGGGGAUUGGUUGUGUAUUUACGUUUUUUAUCUAUAAACAAAAUGGAAUCAUUAUGUGAAAAUGCCUUCAGUGUAAGUACUUAAGUGAGAUGUGCAUUAGGGUAUGCAGCAAGAGAAACGCUGUUAUCCUGUAUAAUGUUGAGUCUGUUUUUGUUCAUAUUUGUAUCUAUGUGCCAUUUGCAAGGUGAGGGGUGGAUGACUGACGUAUGUGUAGAGAACCUGAGACAUAAUCGUCAUUGUUCAGAAAAGCAUUUAUCAAAACAAGGAAUGUAAGUUAAAACACGCUUUUUGGAAAAGAAAUGUGUGACUUAGUCUAGGUUUGGGGGUGAUCAUAUUUUGGAUUCUUGUAUCUGAGGUUGAUGACGAAGAGGUAUUGUUCUGAUGCAUCCUAAUGAUUUGGAGAUGACUAGGUGGUGUUUAUUUUUCAGUCUGAUUUUGGGUCAUAAAGUGUGUAAUCGUGGCCUUUUUUUAAUUCUUUUUAUUUUUUAAAUUGUAGCAAAAUGCAUGUUGAAAAAUAAUUUGACAUGGUUUUUUUUGUCUGGAUCGGAGCUACAUUGGGGUGGCGAUUCGUUGUAAAUAGAAGACCAGAUAAUGUUGCUACUAUUUGGUAUCUGCAAAAAUGUUUCCUGUAGAUUUUUUUUGUACAUUUCACAGUAUUUGAAACAUUGUGCAGCCAGCAAUGCUUUACCUACCUAUUCUUUAUCAAGCAGCCUUAACUGUUAAAAACCUUUUUGUUAUUAACCCUUCGUGUCUGUGGCUGUAGUAGGUAACUUUCAUUUUCUGUUCUUUCUUCCUUUCUAGCUCUGUGCAUGCAUAUUUUAACCUGAUCUGAUGAUUGCUUGACAGUUCACAUAAGCACUCUCCAAACUGAAUUCUGUGUUCAGUUUCAUUAUUCUGGAACACUAGUGAGCAAUAGUGAAACAACACAAUUCAGUUCGGAUUCCAUGCUAGCUACAGGCCACUCCAAACAAUCCAUAUACCAGUGGUCUCCAACCCUGGUCCUGGAGUGCUACUGUCCUGUAGGUUUUUGCUCUAACCCUAAACUAGCGCACCAGAUUCUAAUAAUUAGCUGGUUGAUAAACUGAAUCAGUUUAGUUACAACUGGGGUUGGAGCAAAAACCAACAUUCAUUUAACUGCCUUAAGUCGUGCACCAAGCAUCACCUCUCCCUCAACUUUCACCCAGUCAGACCUUCAGUCACUUUGCUAUUUUUUAAUCAUGUAAGACAAAUCAGUUUGAUAUAAAUAGGGGGAAAUGCUUUUCCCAACCUUAAUGUGACCAGUCACCUGACCAGGAAAAACUAAGAGUUAUAGCCAAUAAUAACUAUAUGGCUUUCUUUUCUGUCUAUACCAAUAUGAGUACAGUAUAUGCAGACGUGACUACCUGACUACGGUGGCCACCAUGGUCCAAGUUGAGGAGUAUGUAAGAGAAUUGGAAAAAUAGUGACAUGACAAAUUUAUUUUACCUUAACAUCCUACUGUUUAGUACCGAGAGACAUGCCUUUACUGAGUAUUACUUGGCGAUUGAAAUUAGAAAAAGGAUUUGUUUGCUUGGUUGUAAAUGACACAAUUAUUAAUCAAAGCCGACCCAUUGUAAAGAAAAUUAUUUAGACUCCUAAGUUUGCAAAAUGGGUGAAAAACUGCAAUGUUUGGUGACAUUCUGCAUGUACAUACAUAAAUAUUUUUAAUUAAUAAACCUAUAAACCUUUACAAAUUUGAAAAUAAAAAAGUGACUUGUAAUUUUUUUUUUUUUUGCUUUCACCAAAAAGUACUGCAAAAUGAACAUGGUUGGUUGUUUGCCGGUCACAUUGAGAGAGCAGAACAGAGCUGCCUAUGUCCUCAAGUAAUUCCUAUUUUUGUCUUUGUUCUUUUUUUUCCCUUCUCUGUAACUGAAUUUGUAUUUAUUUUCAAAACACAUGAAGCAGCAUUUAAGCCAAGAGUCCUGCACAGUAUAUGACCUUUUAGCAAUGAUUUGCACAGCAAGGGCACAAUUUCAAAAUCCCAAUCAUACAGAAGACAAUGGCACUUAGACUGUUUACACAGAAUCUCACAGUAGGAGUGCUGAUCUAGGAUCAGGUCUCCACCUGUCCAUAUAAUCUUAUUCAAUAUGAUCUAAAAGGCGAAACGGAUCCUACAUCAGCACUCUUACUUUGAGACAGACACUUGGGCUGCGUUUAGACAGGAAGCCCAAUUCUGAUCUUAUUUUCCACAUCAGCUCUUUUUCAGAGCUAAUCUGAUUGGUCAAAAGACCAAUUAGUGAAAAAAGAUCAGAAUUGGGCUUCCUGUCUAAACACAGCCCAAGUGUCUGUCUCAAAGUAAGAGUGCUGAUGUAGGAUCCAUUUCGCCUUUUAGAUUAUAUCGACAGGUGGAGACCUGAUCCUAGAUCAGCAUUCCUACUGUGAGAUGCUUUUUGAACACUGGCCCAGGGUCCCACCUGUCCAUGUAAUCUUAUUCAGUAUGAUCUAAAGGGCAAAACUGAUCCUAGAUCAGCAGCACACCUACUCUGGAACACUUGAUAUGUAGGGUGCCCAAACUUGUUGCCUGAAGCUAAAUGAAAAACUAAACUCAUAUAGGCUUUGGAUUGUUGCUAUACCGUCUAGGCCCAGAAUGUUUUUGGGUUAUGUAGAUUCUAGAAGCAUUAUCUACAUUGUCUGGCCCUUUAGCUAAAGGUAAAAAUUAGUCAGUAUAUAUCUUUGGUAGUGAAGUGCAUUCAAUAUCUCUCUCUGUCUAUUAUAGACAGCAGUAUCAGCUGGAGACCUUUGAAAAGUAUAUUGUACGUUAGUCAGCAGGGAUCCAUUUGAAUUCAGUUAAUUCCUGAUGUUUGCUGAAAUUACAAAGAGGAGCAUUGAGGGAAAUUAGAAUUUGAUUUUGUUGUACUUCUUGGUUGAAUUUAAAAUGGAAUUGACUCUUAUCCUGUUAGUCAGUUAACACCCCCCCCCCAAAAAAAGCAGUUGAAAUGUUUCCCACAUUUCAAAAAGAGACAGUAUUGUGCCUUUUUUAUUAUGUUCAGGACUGGGCUGUUCUCUCUCAAAUGUCUCUUUUGUACCUAGAAAAACGUGUCAUUUGUUGUCAUUCGAGUGUACAAACUUUAUCAUUUUACAAUGUUCUGAUGUUUGUAUAUUACUCCUGUCAUGCCUGCACAAUGCUUUGGUUUUCAUUUUAUAUUUUGGAGGUUUUCCCACUAUUUGUCAAAUUGUGGAAUUUAAGCUCUGAAAAAAAACUGAUAAAUGUACUUUUAAUCCAAUUAAUUGUAAUGUGCUGUUUGUUACUUCUUCAAUAUAAAGAAAACGGUUACUCUGUCUUGAAUUUAUA